AGUGGGAGGGGCGUUCUCUCUUUCCUCUCUUGCUGGAGCGUGUGUGGAUGUGAGCACUCUUUUCUCUCCUAUUAUUUGAGUGGCUGCAGGUACUGGUGUCUGCCUCUUUGCCUCUGUGCCAGAGGGAUAAAGAGGGAAAGAAAGAGGACUAGUGCUUCAUAUCCCCCGUCUGGCCUCCCCAUCUCCCUGCUCCCUGUCACUCCAUCCUUCCUUCCUCCCUCCCGGACCACCCGUCAGCGGCUGGAUCAACCCGCCCGGACCCUCCUCCCACAGCCCCUUUGACUAUCCUCACUUCACCGUCCCGUCUUGUGAACUGAGUGCAGGAAUUUCUGGUUACGGGGAGCUGAAGACUGGAUUUGGCAGUGCAGUCACAGACAAUCUUGGUUUGGAAGAGCAGAAGAGAGUACCUUUGAAUACAAAUUGAAAAACAGUAAACCUCCUGUACAGAGAAACAGGUGAGAUACACUGGACAGACGGAACUCUCCCAAGUUCUUUGGAAGUGUGGCAGCACGUGGUCACAUGACCUGGAAGAGAAAACCCAAGAGACUUCUGGGAUCCCUCUCUGAAUGGGCCGGUUAUCAACCUGGAAAGAAGUCUAAAGGCUGAUGAACUGAUCUGCACAGCGACACAGCUGCGCUCUCUUUCCCUCUUCGUCUGGCCAAUCUCUCCAUUAAUGUCCUGAGAUCCACAACUUUCUGCAACUCUGGUGACUGGUUGGCUGCUGUACCAUCUUUCUCGUCCUACUCCUGGGGAUUUCCUGUCACGUGACCAUAUUCCUGCUUCACCUCCACUCCUAGUAUGGAACCCAACAAAGUCCAGUCAGAGGGCGGGCUGAAUGUGACCCUGACCAUCCGGCUUCUCAUGCACGGCAAGGAAGUUGGAAGCAUCAUUGGAAAGAAAGGGGAAACUGUGAAGAAGAUGCGUGAAGAGAGCGGCGCUCGCAUCAACAUCUCGGAAGGAAACUGCCCUGAGAGGAUCGUCACCAUCACUGGACCCACAGAUGCCAUCUUUAAGGCCUUCGCUAUGAUCGCAUACAAGUUUGAAGAGGAUAUAAUUAACUCCAUGAGCAACAGCCCAGCCACCAGUAAGCCCCCUGUCACUUUGCGCCUCGUGGUGCCCGCCAGUCAAUGCGGCUCCCUCAUUGGCAAAGGAGGCUCAAAAAUCAAAGAAAUGAGAGAGUCCACAGGAGCUCAGGUGCAGGUAGCAGGAGACAUGCUGCCGAACUCCACAGAGCGCGCGGUGACAAUCUCCGGCACCCCGGAAGCCAUCAUCCAGUGUGUCAAACAGAUAUGUGUGGUCAUGCUGGAGUCCCCACCGAAAGGUGCCACCAUUCCCUACCGUCCAAAGCCCGCCUCCACCCCCGUCAUUUUUUCAGGUGGCCAGGUAAGAGCCGACCCGCUGGCGGCGUCCGCAGCCAACCUCAGCCUUUUACUGCAGCACCAGCCACUGCCUGCCUACACAAUUCAGGGACAAUAUGCCAUUCCACACCCAGAUCAGUUGACCAAGCUCCACCAGUUGGCUAUGCAGCAAACCCCCUUUACCCCCCUCGGACAGACCACCCCUGCUUUCCCUGGUCUGGAUGCCAGUCCCCCGGCCAGUACUCAUGAACUCACCAUUCCCAAUGAUCUAAUAGGCUGCAUUAUCGGGCGCCAGGGAACCAAAAUCAACGAGAUCCGUCAGAUGUCUGGGGCGCAGAUCAAAAUAGCUAAUGCCAUGGAAGGGUCAUCAGAGCGCCAGAUCACCAUUACAGGAACCCCCGCCAACAUCAGCCUUGCCCAGUACCUCAUCAACGCAAGGUUCAGAGACGUGGCCGCCAUGUGGAAUGACCCUUCAUCAAUGACUACAUCCUGAAGCCCCAAACUGCUUUCAUUAUCUGACGCUUUCAGCAGCUGAUUCCCAAUAGACCUAUAUAAAAUCUUCCCUUAGAACUCACCAACCUUUAACCCUUAAACCCCAUGGUUAACUUCAUCAGUAGCUACGUUCAUGUAGGCAGACUACUGACAUUUAAAAAAAAUGGUAAAAAAGAAAAGCAGGACAACUGCAGUAUGAUUUGUUCAUGUUAUGCAGUGUUUUAGUGUAGUAUUUUAGCAUGCUGAAUGCUUGAAUCUCGUUAUAUAUUUAUUUAUUGUUUUCAAUUUGUUAGAUUAGUUCAGUAUGAUUGCUGCAUAAGUCUUGUUGACAGCAAAGAAAAAAAAAAAAAACGGAUAAAGCAGAUUUCACCCAAUAGCAUUUUCUAGCAAUGCUGUUGGCAAGGAGCUAGUGAUGUGGUGCAGAUGUUGUAACAAAGUGCAAACGCAUGUCAGAAUCAAGGAGGAGGCACUGGAACCUGUGUUUCUUUAAAAGCGGAAGAGAUUGUGGGAGCCUGAUUGUUUUCAGCCUAACCGAAUCGAUGGUAAUGCAUGCUUAUUACUCGCCGCGGAGAGCAACAAGGCGGAAAAAGCUAUCAUUCUUGUACAGAAGUGUCAAAUGCUUUCAGAAUUAUUUUAUGUUAUCUAUUUUUUUCUAUCUUUUCCUUACCCCUCCCCUUUUUCCUCUUUCCUUAACUAUUCUAGGCUGACGUCUGAGGUCACUGGAAUGGGCACUCUCUAAUUUCUACCCAUGAUCCUUCACUGCAUCACAUGACCCUUGAGCCAAUGGCAUUGCACCUAGUUUGUUUUCUCUCUGUACUUUUGCUGUCCUGUAUUUUCAGUAAUUCUGACUCAUUUCUAUUCUAUAAUCUGCACAUGUUUCAAAUCUCAGUUUGAUGUUCCUCCUACUCAACCUUUGUUGUGCUCCCGAUGGUCCUACUUUAUAAUUAUUUAAAAAAACACUUGACUUUUUUUGACUCUCUAGUACCUCACAUCACCGGUGUCCUGUUUUGCCAUCGCUUUCACUGUGAAUUCACGUUUUCCGGUCCGUAUUCUGUGGUGUGGUACAGCACAGCCAAUGAAAUCCUCCAUUUCCCAAUCAGUCAUUAGGUCAGAUUGAGUUUAAAGCAGCGUUCCUAUGCUUUGCUCCAGGGCUUUGCUCACCGGGAACCUUACAAUAGUGCAUCUCAUACAUGAAUAAUGAAACGGAGUGAUGGAGUUGGAAUGUUUGCACCACGCCUGUACGAUUUGUUUGCAUCUGUCAUUGUGGCAUGCGGAGUAACACAAAGAAUCCAUUAUUAGCUUCUUGUAUUCACUUUCAGAACUGAGAGAAAGAAGAAAAUCAGUGUGAAAACAAACGACAUGAGAAUGUGUAUGCCACGCUCUCAGUUUUACUGCAUGCUGAGACAUUUCUAUUCAGCACACAAUCUACGUUUAAGUAACCGAAUAUAUUACAGCAGAAUUAUUUAUAGGAUUUUUUAUAUGCGACGUGUUUUUGCCGUAGUGUGAGAAAUACAGUUGCUUAUUUCUUUGGAAGUGAAUACAGAUGUGCUGAUAAUGAAAUCCAACCCAUGCUCCUUCACCAUACGCUCUCUGUGAGUAUGGUAAACUCUCAUUGAAAGGUCCAAAAUUAACUUUCUGCCACUCCUCAACAUUUUGGAUGAACAUUUUUACCUGCCGUGAAAAUGUGUUUUGCAUUACGAUUAAGAUAACCACCAGGGGCCUCGUUCAUAAAAAAAAAAGACAGAAAAGAAAAAUGUGAUGUGAGAAUGUGAUGUGAUGUGAAAAAUGUGAGAAACAAAUUGAGAUUUAUAAAGGCAAAAACAAAUGUGAAUUUAAGUUGAACUGCAAUGAAUGAAGUGGGAUUUGUGAAAUUGAAUUUCACAAAUGAAUAAGUUAUUAAUUAAUAUGAAUUAUUAAUUUAUAUUUUACAUAUAUGUAUGUAUGCCCAUUUUGAAUUUAAACUGAACUGCAGUUCAUGAAGUGGGAUGCAUUCAGGAAAAAUUUUUGUGGAUAUGGACAUUUUGGAAACAUACUGGCUCAUAUAUUAAUGUAGUUAAAAUAAUCCAGCAUUGUUUCAGCAUUGUUGAUUCAUUUGUAGGUACAUUUUGGAAGUUGUCGUACAUUGACAUUAAAGGUAUGUCUUUAUAAACGAGGCCCUUGAUUUCAUAUUACAAAUUAAUUCAAUUUCUAUCAGUUUUUACUCACACUUGGCAGUUGGCGAGUGUUCAUUUUGGGCCCUGUCCUCAUGCGUCCAGCAGCAGCACACUUCAUUCUGACAGUGUUUUCCAUAUUGCUCUCCAAAACCAUAUUUGUCGGUCGAACUGAAAAGGCAUGCACAAGCUCUGCAUGCGUCAGACGAGACUAAGAGUUGGUUCUCCACUGACAGCGUCUGAGACAUGCACACGCACAGUCGACACAGCUGCCAUGGCCGUAUUUCUGCUACUGUACCAAUACAACAGAGCGCUUUGUUAUUUCCCUAGUCCUCUCUUCAGUGAUUAGUCAGGACAAUUUGUAUCUCGGGCUCUGGAAUGUUCAUGGGUUUCGGCCAGACUUUCAAAAGUGAUGGCAGAUUUCGUACCCUGGUCUGCUCUUAAACAUGAUUGUUUCUUUAUAACAAUUGUUUAGCUUCAGUUAAAGCAACUGUGUGUUUUUAUUAUUAUUAUUAUUACUAAUACCCAUGAUUCUUGAGUGUGUCUCCUCCUGCUGAUGUAGCCUUACUGAUAAUAUUUUUUCUCACAUGCAAAAUUUGAUUGACUUUAAGCUAUUUAUGUCGCAUGUUUUGCUGUGAAUAAUUGUUAUUAAGAAAGCCUGUGUACACUAUUAAUGAUGCAAACAGAUUCUUUCCCAUUAUUAUUAUUAUUAUUAUUUUUUUAAAGUAGAUAUGUGUAAUUUCUGCAGCAUAAAAACAAUCUGCGUGACAUGAGAUGUUUAAAUAAAUAUGAAGAUGCUAUGGGUCGGUAUGGUACAUGCAUCUCCUAAGGCAGUUAUAUAAAGACCCUGAUGGCAUUGAAGUGCUUUUAAAAUCUGGAGACAUUAAAAAUGAAUGUGUAAUGCCGUAAACCCCGUCUGUUGUAUUGUAAAUACCUGUGGAGAAAUUCUUGUGGCUUGUAUAUUUGGAGAUGCUACAAAAAUGAGUUCCCUUCCUCUAAAAUGAAUAUGUCAUGCCGUGCAUGCUAAAGAUUAGCAGCAAGGCACUCAAUUUUGAUCUGUUUCCACACAAAACCUGUUUAGUCAGUGUACUGAGGCUUUUUUCAUCCUUUGACUUAAUAGUUCACUAUUUGCGCAGAAAUUACACACUUCAAUUCUCACCCCAGCGAAACUGUCAAUGUUGUGUUGCAAUAGUUAAGUGAUUUUUUUCCAGUACUGAUGCCCUCUGAUUAAGCUCUGAACAUUUUACCAAAUUUUUUCUGAAGAUUGCAACCAAGCUGAUGUCCCAUUUCAUCCAAAUCUGAACUUUUUCAGUCAGCAAUCAAUAUGUAUUUCAUCCUCCACAUUUAAAUGUGUAAAAUGUGGUAUCGAGGCUGAAAGUUGAAUGUAACUGCUUCAACAUGAUUGAUUAUUCAACCUCUAGUUUACCUUUCUUGCCAUUUUCCAAUUGCAUGGUUCUUACAUGAGAAUAUGUAAUCAUGCAUACAAUCUUAUAACAGAAAAUGAUGGAAGUGUGUUUCCACCACAGGAUGAAAUUGCAAUCUCACAAUGUGGACUUAUGUGGACUCGAGUUUUUAGUUUAUUUCUUAUCAUUUGGAAUUUUUUUUACUCAGAAUUAAGAGACAGGAUAGUACAAGAAAAGUCUGAAUUGUGAGAUAUAAGCUUGUAAUUACUAGAAAAAAAUACCUUAUUCCUUGUGGGGGUAAAAAACUAAAACGAUUACGAGAUGUAAACUCAGAAUUAUCUAAUAAGCCGCCAGAUUUUUUUUUAAUUUAAACUCAGAAUUCUGAGUUUAUAUCUUGUUUAUAUUGCUAGAAAUAAAUCUUUAUUGUGAUUUAAAAGUCACAAUUACCUUUUUGUAUAUUAUUCCUAGGUGUAAACAUGCUUCCAUAAAAAAAAAAUACAUUCUUAUUUAUUAAAUCAGGUACAAAGGCAUGCAUUUGCAAGCAUUGAAGUUAUAAAGAUAUAUAUAUUUCUAUAUUUCUAUUUGGUAUCUGUUGAGCAGUAUCACUGCAGUCAAUUCACAGAUAUGCACCCACGAGUCCAUUUACACCAAAAUCUAACAUUUUAUGAUUUAAUGUCAAUUAUGAGCACAGAACUUUUAUAAUAUUGGACUCGUUAAGACAUGCACAUGGUCAUGCCGAGCCAUCCGUGCAUAUGGCCCGAAAUGAUGUCAUCCGGUCGCUUUAAAGUAGCUCAUUUAUCUGGAAUUAUUCAACACAUUUUGUAGGUGUUUUAGAUUCAGCGUUGAGUUUCUUGUCGCAUUUACCAUACGUUUUGCACUGCUUUGAAAUGUAAUCUUUGUGUCAGUGUCUUAGACUCUGUUAAACAUUAAGUUAGAUUGUAUGUUUACACAAGGCUAUGUCUUGUGAUACAUGUAUGGAAUGUUUUAUUUGAUGUUCUGUUUAGUCCAUAACGUGCUGUGCUCUAGAUCACUGUACAGAUGCAUAUUAAUAUUCAGACAGCAGCAUGCGUAACUUUGACAUUUCUCAGUAGCAGAAUGCUUCACCAAGGGAGGCGUUUGUUAUUUUUUAUUACUAUUGUUAUGACUAUUAUUUCACAAAUGCAAUAAAAAUAAAUGUUGGUAUAGGACUGCAGUGACGUGUCAAAAGUGAUUUACUGUUUGGUGGAACACUCAGUACGCCAUUACAAACGGCUUUUGUGUUUUUAAUGUUUCAUCCCCGCCCGACCUCAUGAUAUUCACAUGAUGCUGUUCCCAUGCAAAUCAUGUGGUUAAUUUGCACUCAUAGUUUUAAUACGCAUUAAUUCUCACUGUGCGCAUCUAAAACCAUUGCAUUCAUUUUGUUCGUCAUGCAGUUUUUCAUUGUACUAGAGCAGCAAAAAAAAAAAAAAAAAAAAAAACAGAAAAGAAAAAAAAGCCCUCUACCUGUAUGUGCUUCUGUAAAUGAUUCUGUUUCGGAAAAAAAAAAAAAAUGUAACAGAGUAAUUAUUUUAUGUUGGACAACUUGCUGCUUCCAGGUCUAUAUUAGAUUCAAAUUACUGCUGAGGUUAGGUUAAACUUUGAAAUGUUUUGUAAAAAGGAGAUAAUAAAGUCUGUUUUUCCCUUG